ACGCUGUAAUUUAUACACUGUACUUCAAGAUGGCGGAUGACAUGGAAGUUGAAAGAGAACCAGAUAGAGAGAGUGCAAAGAAAGCUGACAAAAUGUUUACCCUGAAGAAAUGGAAUCUUGUUGCAAUGUGGAGCUGGGAUGUAGAAUGUGAUACAUGUGCUAUUUGUCGUGUUCAAGUGAUGGAUGCCUGUUUGAGGUGUCAGUCAGAGAACAAACAAGACGACUGUGUUGUUGUCUGGGGAGAAUGUAACCAUUCAUUCCACCUUUGCUGUAUGACUCUCUGGGUGAAACAGAAUAAAAGAUGUCCACUUUGUCAACAAGAUUGGGAAGUUCAGAGGAUAGGAAAAUAACAGCUGGGAGAAAGAAAUUGACAAUUUAUAAUCUGUGAAUAAAAAUAUGAUAUUAAUUUAAAACUUACAGAAGGGUUAAUUAUUUUAAGAAGUUUUACAAUGCUGUCAUGUUCAGUUAUGAUACAGGUCCUUUUUACUACACUGUAGCUACAGGGAAAACUAAAAUUAAGACUUAAAGUUUUAGUGGGUUUAUAUCAUUCUUUUUCUAUCACUGUUAGAGUACCUAAUAAAAUGCAGCCAGGUAUUGUGAGUUGUAAAUUUGGAAAACAUUUGUAUCUGUUUUCUUUGUCUUGAAAAUGUUUCCAAAGUUUUAUGUCCAUGUGCUUAAAUUAUUUAAAGAAAUAAAAUCACGGAAGGAAAUGGACUAGAGGUGUUUGAAAUUAAUAAUAAAAGAGAUGAAUUAUA